AUGCAAUUUCACGACCUGCCCGUCGAACUUUUAGUCGAUAUCUGUGCUGCGCUCUCGAAACCUUCGCAUCUAGCUCGGGUGUCCUUGGUGAACAAAACCUUUUGCGCAUUCGCAACUCCCCGCCUCUAUCAGCGCAUAUACAUUUACUCAUGGCAUAAAGAGGGCAAGGCCAAUAUCCCGAAGCUCUUCCGCACGCUGGCAGAGUGCAUCCGUCUGGCGCAAUAUGUGAAAUACUUAGAAAUACGCGACUUUCCGAGGGCCCUUACACGCGAGUCUUACGCAUCUGUCAUGGAAACAUGCCUCGUAGGCAUAGCGAACUGUACCAACCUCAAGUCUUGCACGUGGACCCGCGACGGUUCAAUGACAUCCGAUGUCCUGAGAGUGCUCUCCGGCUUACCCGCGCUUGAGUUCUUGGCCAUUAACGGCCAUAGUAAUGGGAAUUAUGACCCAUCUGUAUUGAGAUUGCUGAAGAGGAUCAAGCACAUAUCGAUUAUCAUGCCAAGCUCGGACGUGGUGAACAUGCUACAGCCAUGGGUGCAGGAGCUCAGAGGAGGGCUCAGAGGGCUGACGUUGAUAUGCAAGGCUUCGAAUCUCAUUACAGACGAGCUACUCACGACACUAGCGGUCUACGUUCCGGGGCUUGAAGAGUUCCAGCUCGUGGGAUGUCCGAAAGUCACGCACUCUGGCGUGGCUGCCGUGGUAUCUGCGAGCCAGAGAGGCAUUAAGAGCUUGGGACUUGAGGGCGUCUCGUCUGUAUUUGAUAUGACAACUUUUGCUCACGAAUGCCACCGAACACGCGCGAUGAUUCAUCUUACUAGCGUAACGCUUUCCGUCCCGAGCGCGAUAUCCAAAGCCAUGUGGCUUACCAGUAGCGACGAUUCCGGUGAUACUCGCUCCCCUGAUGUGGAUGAUAGAAAUUCGGGGGCAGCCUGCUCGCCUCAAAUUUGGUUUCAGAGCGUCCUAUCCCUGCUGAAUUCCUCUCCCCUGCAUCAUUUCCACAUUUACUCUAGUGGCGGGCGAGUGGUCCUGCCCGAUUCGUUCGUGCGCUCAAUCGUAGACGCGCAUUGUACGAGGCUGAAGCGAUUCAGCGUGCAUCGGAUGGUCAUCCGCCUACGGGCUAUCAAAUAUAUCUGCGAGCUCUGCGAGAGAUUGGAGGACCUGUUCGUGCAUGUUCACAAGGGAACAUUUUACGACUUAGGACCAGUGCUUCAAGUCUCUCGUACCAUCGAGAAAGUGCAUGUUAACAUCGCACCGGACAUGGCGCUAGCCAUUAUUCCCGGAGGCGACGAUGAGCCGGAAGACGAUGAGGAGGAACCUAUUGCUUCGGCAAGCUCCGCGUAUGUGCCGCCGCAUGUGGUCCUCGGUGUGGUACGCGCGGCGGGGGAGCGUAUUGUCCAGUUCGGCUGCAACACGCGUGUUUAUCAGGUCGCGAAGGUGCCAGUGGUGCUGCCAAGUGGAGAAGUGCAGAUCGUACGAGAACUGCGUGCGUAUGAGAGUCCGGACAUUCCGGAGCAAUUCCUUGUCGUACGAACGUGA